CAAGUGCCAAGUUUAACCUCAAAAAUUAUUUUUAUAUAAAAGAGUUCUCUUAGUUCGACUGGAAUCUUUCCCAACACAGUCACCUCGACAAAUCGAGAAUUUAACAUUUCUCGCAAUGCUCUUGAAAAUUUUGACCGUGAAUUAUUUUUGGUAUUAUCAACUAUUAACAAUGAUACGAGUACUUUGACAGUUCGCGUAGAAUGGUUUCGUGGUAUCAGUUAUCAGUUCGUUCCUCAAUGAUCGGAGGUUAUUGAAUAAUUAUUGUACAAGUGGUUCAAAAAAAUGUGAAUUUGGAAGAUGGAUCACGAGGACGAAUUUUUGAACACGUUUUUCACCCUAAUAUCGCAACUAUGCUUCGAAAAAGCCAAAGAACUGUUGGAAAUAGAGCGUGAACAAAAAACUGACCAUGGUGAAAAAAAAGUGACACAAAUGGGACCAUGGGGAAUGCUACUAAUGCAUUUACCUCAAUUUGCCGUAGCAGAACGUUCUUACACCGACUUGGGUUUUCUCCACACAAAAAACAAGGGUUUUCUCAGAAAAGAUAACUCCCUGAAAACCAUGUACGAGUCCUUGAAGGCUGAUUUGAGGAGAGUGGAAGAAAUGACACGAGGAACGGACACAAUUGGUGCAACAGUGGCUGAAGUUUCAAAUCAGCUUUGUCAGUUUAUCACUGCGAGAAUACAAUUAAUCGAAUUUUACGAAAAAAUGUACAACAUGAGUAUCAGCAGCAAGGUCAUCCACCAUCAGGAAUUAUUGCAAACUAUCGAAAACAUAGUGGAGAAUUAUUCGUUUUCGUUUCCUCACCUGGCUCUCAUUGCGAUAAAAGCAGCAUUAACACUGGAAUGCGAGAUAUUGGUCCAACUGAUCAAAGCGCAAGUUGAAGUGCAAAAUUGGAGAUUUCUUCCAACAUUAAUGGCACUCUAUGGAGCUCAGGCGCGAAUGUCUGCGUGGGAAAGAACCCUGCAGAGCAAAGAAUCCUGGAAACGAGGUUUCGGUGCAACAUUUCUUAAAACCAAUCAGCAGCCAGCUUUAUAUCAGUGGCUUGUCAAAUUGCGUAGUUCAAUACUGGACAAAUGUUCACUAUAUUUUCACACAACCCUGAGUCAACAGGCGAGUCCUGGUGAGAUGAGAAACGUCAUGAGCAAACAGAAUGUUGAUUAUUACCACAAGAUUCAAACUUUCCAAAGAAAAUGGGAUCUACUGGCCAUUUUGAUAGUUUUUGAUACCAAAGGCGCAGAGAAAUUUGGGCCAGGCUACAAGCAUCCAGAGAGAGCCCACAUUUCUGAUAAUUUCGUAAUAGUCGUUGGUUGUCCAAGCGUUUUUCUACAAAAACCAACAAUACAUUGGGACAACAUACAAAAUUAUAUAAAGGAACGGCACGCCGAACUUCAAACCAUGGACAGAUUGGUACAGACGAAGAGCAUCAAAGAUUCGACGAUUUAUACAAUGUACAACAUUGAUCCGAGGAUGACCCUAGUUACUGCGUUUGAAAGCGCUAAACAACGAGACAAAGAAACUCCUGUUGCUAAUUUCAUGACAGAAUUAUGCUCCCAACUCAGAUGCAACAAAGUUUACGAAGGUUUAAAACUAUCAAAAUAAAAGAUACGAUUAUUGAUUUGCAGCAUAACAAAUAAUAAAUAAAUUUUUUCGUCCA